AUGGACAAGUUCUCUACUCUCCCUGAAUCAACCCUUACGCAGAUCCGAUUUGUUAGAACACGGGCAAGACCAGUCGCGAUGUUGCCGCCUCACCGCAGCGGUUAUAAUGAUGAGGCGGUCCGCUACGAGGUUCCGAUGAUUCUCAAGCUUUUGCCCAGGCUCCGUCUGGACACUCUUACCAUCAUAGCGGAUGCCGAACCGGAAUUUGCGUACUUUACUCUUGAAACGUUCCUAUCGGAAGGACACGGCUGGAAAACGCUCCGGUUCAUCACGCCUAUGUCGUCAAUUUUUUCAUUUGUUCCAUUGCCCCCCCCCCAUGCGCUUUCAGAUGAAGUUUGGUUUCAACGUAAAUCUCAGCCUAUGGCCUGGCAUGAAUCUCUGCUACUGCGAGAUGGGCUAGACUCGGGAGCUUCGGUUGUCAUUUACCGCUCAACAUGUCCCGGAGUUCCAGGAUCCGUGUUAGACCCUUCUCGCCGCGAGCGCUUUGGCCAAACGGCCCCAUGUCCUGAACCACUAGAGAAAUUUGGGACUACAGAGAACGAAGGACUUCUUGCUGAUAACGAACGGUUAAGGGAAACUCUAACCAUCGUCAAGCGGGGCCGGAGUGCAGAUAUAUCAGACGUCGGGGGACCGCCAUUCGUUCAGAGGAUCCUAGGAAAUGGGGCGCUCAUGAUAUCGCAUGGAAAUAAAUUAGGAAGGAAUUUAUCAAUUCUAUGUACAUUUGGACGCAUGGAUUGA